CCCAUCCCACCUACAUCCUCGUCUAGCCUCCUCCCACCUGCCCAGCUGCCCAGCUCCCAUAAUCCUCCGCCCGUUAGCUGCCAGAUGCCCUUGCUAGACAGCAACACCUCUCACCAGAUCAUGGACACCAAUCCCGAUGAGGAGUUCUCCCCCAAUUCCUACCUGCUCAGAGCCUGCUCAGGGCCCCAGCAAACCUCCGGCGGCGGCCCCCCCAACCACCACAGCCAGUCCACGCUGCGGCCCCCGCUGCCGCCGCCGCACAACCACACGCUGUCGCACCACACUCCUCCGCCAACUCCCUCAACCGGAACUCGCUGACCAACCGGCGGAGCCAGAUCCACGCGCCCCGCGCCCGCGCCCAACGACCUGGCCACCACGCCCGAGUCCGUGCAGCUGCAGGACAGCUGGGUGCUGAACAGCAACGUGCCCCUGGAGACGCGGCACUUCCUGUUCAAGACGUCGUCGGGAAGCACGCCCCUGUUCAGCAGGCUCCUCCCCCGGGUACCCCCCCUCACCUCGGGCACGGUUGUACACCCCGCCGCCCCGCCUGCUGCCCCGCAACACCUUCUCCAGGAAGGCCUUCAAGCUGAAGAAGCCCCUCGCGGUACUGCAGCUGGAAGUGCGCGGCGCUGUCGGCCAUCGCCGCCGCCCUGCUCCUGGCCGUCCUGCUGGCGUACUUCAUAGCCAUGCAUCUGCUGGGGCUCAAUUGGCAACUGCAGCCCACAGAUGGACACGCGUUUAACAAUGGGAUCAGGACCAGCCUGCCCGGCAGCGACGACGUGGCCGCAGCGCCCCCUGGGGGCAAAGUGCCCUGGUCGUUGAGAAACAGCAGCAUCGACAGCGGCGAAGCGGAGGUGGGCCGACGGGUCACGCAGGAGGUGCCGCCGGGCGUGUUCUGGAGGUCCCAGCUCCACCUCAGCCAGCCGCAGUUCCUCAAGUUCAACAUCUCCCUCGGGAAGGACGCGCUCUUCGGGGUCUACAUACGAAGGGGACUCCCUCCGUCCCACGCACAGUACGACUUCAUGGAGCGCCUGGACGGGAAGGAGAAGUGGAGCGUGGUGGAGUCGCCCCGGGAGCGCCGCAGCAUCCAGACGCUGGUGCAGAACGAGGCCGUGUUCGUGCAGUACCUGGACGUGGGCCUGUGGCACCUGGCCUUCUACAACGACGGCAAGGACAAGGAGAUGGUGUCCUUCAACACGGUGGUCCUAGAUUCGGUGCAGGACUGCCCCCGGAACUGCCACGGGAACGGCGAGUGCGUGUCCGGCCUCUGCCACUGCUUCCCAGGAUUCCUCGGCGCAGACUGUGCUAAAGCCGCCUGCCCCGUGCUGUGCAGCGGGAACGGCCAGUACUCCAAGGGGACGUGCCAGUGCUACAGCGGCUGGAAGGGCGCCGAGUGCGACGUGCCCCUGCACCAGUGCAUCGACCCCGCCUGCGGCGGCCACGGCGCCUGCGUGGACGGCAGCUGCGUGUGCUCCACGGGCUACAAGGGCGAACACUGCGAGGAAGUCGACUGCCUGGACCCCAGCUGCUCCAGCCACGGCGUGUGCCUGGCCGGCGAGUGUCUGUGCAGCCCCGGCUGGGGCGGCCUCAACUGCGAGCUGGCGCGGGUGCAGUGCCCCGACCAGUGCAGCGGCCACGGCACCUACCUGCCCGACACGGGGCUCUGCAGCUGCGACCCCAACUGGAUGGGCCCCGACUGCUCCGUCGAAGUGUGUUCGGUAGACUGCGGCACGCACGGCGUCUGCAUCGGGGGAGCGUGCCGUUGCGAAGAGGGCUGGACGGGCGCGGCGUGCGACCAGCGCGUGUGCCACCCUCGCUGUCUUGAGCACGGGACGUGUAAAGACGGCAAAUGUGAAUGCCGAGAGGGCUGGAAUGGUGAACACUGCACCAUUGGUAGGCAAACGACAGCCACCGAAACAGGCACAUACUGCUUUAUUUUCAUAACUCGUAGAUCGGUAGUGAUGGCCGCGCGCACUGCCACGGGCUGUUCCCGCCGGGACACGCUUGCUCCCCGCGCCUCCCGCUGCUUCUCUAAAAUCUCCACCAGGACAGGGGCCGAGGGGAAGCUGGGCUCCUCCUGGAAGAGGCUUCGGCCUUCCUUCCAGGAUGCCGGAUUGGCGGGGGACGGGGGGCGGGGGAGGGUGCAGAAACAGACCCAGCCAGAUCAGAAACCCCAUCCAGACUGCUGGCGUCAGGGUGGGAGAAAUGAGCACGCAUGGGAAACGGUCAGUGCUACAGCUUAG